AUGGAGACCAUCGUAAAUGAUGUGGAUAGACUGCUUCUACCCGGGGUAGCCCAUUGGAACCACCCACACAUUCAUGCCUACGUCGCAAUGACAAAUUCCUAUCCAGCUAUGUUUGCUAAUAUCGUCAACAGUGGCAUGGAAGGAAUCGGUUUUACGUGGACGACCUGUAGCGAGCAGGCCAUUGUGACGAUGAUGGCAGCUUGUAACGAGGUGACUGAAAAGUGCAUCCCGGAUCAUCCAGGCGACAUAAAAUAUGAGGCUUUAUCAAAACCCUCUUGCUACGGAUUGGUUCGGGCAAGUGCUUUGACCUCCUUUGUUCAUGUGUACAGAAAUCAAGUUACCCCAGAACAAGUCAUCAAGUGCUUGAGGUUGUAG